AUGGGGCCUCCUCUUCUGCCGUCGACGUCGUGGGUGAUCCUGAGCCGGGAGGUGUACGCGUGCGGCGACGGCGACGGCGGCGGCGGCGGGAUCCCCCUACCGGAGGGCGCCGACCUCGCCCUCGAGCUCGCCGCGCCGCCGCGCGUCUCGAAGCUCGCCGUGUCCCGGCGCAUCACGCCGGCCAAGGUGAGCCCCUUUGCCAAGUGGAAGUCCUUCGUCAUCGCGAUCGACCCCUCUGCGGGGCUCGUCCUCCUCCUCGCGCCGCCGCCCCCAGGACCUGGUCCCGGUGAGCUGCGGUCCUUCACCGACGCCGACGGCAAGGUGCACACGUACCACGUCACCACCAUGCCGACCCAGCGCUACUUCGUCUGCGACAUCGCCGCCCGCACCGCCUACUACCUCCCCGACCCUGAGGGAUGCGUCUUCAACAACGAUCUGAGCAUCAUCGCCGCGCCAGGAGGUGGGGGAAAGUACCUGGUCGUCGAGUUCAAGUUCAUCGUUGGCGGCGACAAGGCCACCCUCCUCUGCUUCUCGUCCGAGACCGGCCUGUGGGAGAAGAAGCCCGUCAACAACCCCCUGCCCCGCUGGAUCUGGAGAUGCUUCGACGUCGGUUCCUACGCCGGCAAGCUCUACUGGGUGGACACCGCGGCGGGCCUCCUCUUCUGCGACCCGUUCGUCGACGAGCCGCACAUGGAGUACGUCCCGCUCCCCAGGGUCGAGCUCCCGCCAGAACACGACGAGGACUGCCACGGCUGCGACUACUGCGCCGAGAGAGCGUUCGUCUCCCGCCGCUGCGUGCGGCUGAGCGACGGCAAGUUCAGGGAGGCAGGGACCAAGGUGUGGACGCUUGAGUACGCCGUGAGCUUCGCCGACCUCUGGGCCAGCGAGAGCUACAAGGCGGCUGGGCUGCCGGAGAAGGCCCCGGUGCUCGCGCUCGUCCACCCCAAGAACCCCGACGUGGUGUACUUCUUCGUGGAGGACCAGCUCGUCGGGGAAGAAAAUUUGAGAUUAAGUUUUUCGCGGGAGCGUAAGACUUCAGUCUCACCAAAUUUUCUUCCGCUCGUCGGCGUCGACCUGCGCGCGAAGGAGGUCCUGGAGUAUGAGACCCACAAGAUGACCGUGCCGGAGAACGCCCGUGUGUUUCCUUACGGCCUUCUUCCAAUGGUGCUCCCGCCCGCGCUCUCCGCAGUGUUCCAUGUUGAUUGA